AUGGAAGCAGUUUUUGGCAAGAGUGCUAGUGGUGGCGAGACAUUCGCGUCGUUUCAAAGAAAAGUAGAGUCGACAGUCACUGGUUUGAAAAAUGAAAUGGAGAGUGAAAGAAAGGAAAGAAUCAAGUUGGAGAGAGAAAACUCGGAAUUGCGAGAGAUCUGCGAUGGCCUCCAAACAAACAACGUGCUUCUUAACCAAAGCUCAAUUAAUUUGCGACACGAACUGGAACUUGUAAAAACCCAACUACGGAAACAACUUGAACAAUCCAAUGUCUUGCAGAAUAAUUCGUUGGAAUUGAAAGAGAACGCGGCACAACUUCAACGAGAUAAUUCUCUACAAAAUGACACUUUGAAAGAAGUAGAGUCGACAGUCACUGGUUUGAAAAAUGAAAUGGAGAGUGAAAGAAAGGAAAGAAUCAAGUUGGAGAGAGAAAACUCGGAAUUGCGAGAGAUCUGCGAUGGCCUCCAAACAAACAACGUGCUUCUUAACCAAAGCUCAAUUAAUUUGCGACACGAACUGGAACUUGUAAAAACCCAACUACGGAAACAACUUGAACAAUCCAAUGUCUUGCAGAAUAAUUCGUUGGAAUUGAAAGAGAACGCGGCACAACUUCAACGAGAUAAUUCUCUACAAAAUGACACUUUGAAAGAAGUAGAGUCGACAGUCACUGGUUUGAAAAAUGAAAUGGAGAGUGAAAGAAAGGAAAGAAUCAAGUUGGAGAAUAAUUCGUUGGAAUUGAAAGAGAACGCGGCACAACUUCAACGAGAUAAUUCUCUACAAAAUGACACUUUGAAAGAUAAGGGAGUCACGUUGGAAUCACUGACUCCAAAACGAGUCAAAAAUUAG